GCAUCGACACAACUCUUCACUUCCCCUUUUCCCAAGAUUCCUCCUUUUCCCUUUCUUCAAUAAUUUCCCACUUACCUUCCAAACCAACAAAGUCUCUGCAAUGUAACGGGAAGAAGCUAUCUAUAGCAGCAACCCAACAAAAGCACUUCCAUCUAUAUACUUUUUAUUUUUCCCUUCAUAGAAACUACACUACUCUCUCUGCACUACUACUUCAAAAAGGAAAACUAUGAUUGAACUCUUUGAAUAUCAGCAACUUUUGUACGCAACAGAUGGUUUCUCAUCCACAAGACUUAUAGGCAAAGGAUCUCACGGAUGGGUUUACAAAGCUAUUCUCGAUGACAACCGAGUCGUUGCAGUUAAGAAGCCCUUAUCCGAAACCCAUUACUCCAAAGUCGACAACGAAGCUCGUGUUCUACUCUCCUUGCGCCCAAGUCCCUUGGUGGUUAACUUCCUUGGAACCACUUUCGACUCACCUUCUUACAAGAACAAGCUUUUGGUCAUGGAGUUUAUGCCCAAUGGCUCGCUUCGUGAUCUGUUGCUCCAACCCGUGCUUGCGCCUGUGCCAACUACUUCUUGGCAUAGACGAUUGCAUAUUAUCACGCAGAUUGCACGUGCGGUUUGUUUCCUUCAUCAAGCUAAUCCUAUUGUCAUUCAUAGAGAUAUCAAGGCAGAGAAUAUCCUCUUUGAUUCUAAUUGGGAUCUAAAAUUGGCCGAUUUUGGGCUCGCCGUCUCCGACGAAGGUGACGGAAAAUCCACUCGAAUAAUCGGCAGCCGCAAGCCCGCGGGAACAAUCGGGUAUUUGGAUCCUUCAUACACGACGGCAAGCAAAUUAAGCACAAAGAGCGACGUGUUCAGCUUCGGAGUGGUUGUAUUGGAAGUGAUUAGCGGCAGAAAAGCAAUGGACAUUUCUAAAUCCCCAGCGUCGAUCGUGGAGUGGGCAAGGCCAUUGAUAGAACAGAAUAAAUUCCAAGGAAUUUACGAUGAGAGAAUGACGUUGCCGAAGUGGGCGGAGCGGAGGUUGCGGAAAGUGGUGGAAUUGGCCGGACGAUGCGUUUGUGCAGAGCCGGGGAUGCGCCCUUCCAUGGCGGAGAUUGUGGAAGCCAUGGAAAUGGAAAUGAGUGCUUGUUGUUUGUGUUGCAUUCAAUUUUUUCAACCCAUGAAGUUCUUGAGAUUUAGAAGGAAGAGACGAUCCGAUUUUUGUACAAUGAUUAAUGACAUGUCUAAGAAAUAAACUAAAACUAAUGCUUUUUAUUGUCAAAUUGCAACUAAUGUAAGUAUUGAUUGUUCUUAGAAAAAAAAAGUUUUCUUAUUUUUAAGGGUCAAGGAAGAAGGGGAAGGAAGUGGGAUUGGGUCAAAAGUGAGUAGGUGUGAUGUUGCUAUCGUAGAGGAAGUGCUUACAAAAACAAAGGUUUGAAGAAGAGAAGUCCAAUUCAAAAGAUGACAAAACAGAAAGGGUAUUAGUAUUAGGUACACAUUCACUCAUACACUCUCUCCAAUCCUCUGCUUUGGAAAGGAGUUGAGGUGUGUAGAGUUGUGAACUCAGUUUUGGUUUGAAAAUUUGUGAUGUUAUGAUUAUCAAAACUUUUUUUCUUUAA